AAAGGGACCUACCCUCUACCCGCAGUGUGCUGGAUCCCCUGUUGUGUCAGUCUUCCCAUUUGCCUUUCUGAGAGCUUCUUGCAAUGGCCCCUAAAAAGAAGGAAGAGCCGAAACCUGCUGCAGUAGCGGCCCCCAAACCCCCAGAGCCCGAGCGCCCCAAGACCCCGGAGUUUGACCCCGCAUCAGUGACGCUGGAAUUCACCCCUGAGCAAAUUGAGGACUUCAAAGAUGCUUUCCAGCUGCUUGACAGGACACCAACCAAUGAGAUGAAAAUCACUUACGCCCAGUGUGGUGACCUGAUUAGGGCUUUGGGCCAGAAUCCUACCAAUGUAGAGAUCAUGCAUGUCCUUGGAAAGCCCAAGCCUGAAGACAUGCAGACCAAGAUGCUUGACUUUGACCAGUUUCUGCCCAUACACCAACACAUUUGCAAGGCCAAGGAGUGUGGAACAUAUGAGGAUUUUGUGGAGGGUCUAAGGGUAUUUGACAAGGAGGGGAAUGGCACAGUCAUGGGAGCUGAGCUCAGGCACGUUCUGGCAACACUGGGUGAGAAGCUGAGGGAGGAUGAAGUGGAGCAGCUAAUGCAAAACCAAGAGGAUGCUAAUGGAUGCAUUAAUUAUGAAGCUUUUGUAAAACACAUUAUGGCAUCUUAAGGGUACCUCAUUGUCAUUCUGGUGCUACAUUGCUCUGUUAUGAAAUCAAUGCAUUUGUUUCUCCUUCACUUGAAAACCAAGAUCCUAAGUUCUUGAACACAUAAGAUUUGUUUCUGUAAAUCCCAUUAUUUCCAUGCAUCUCAGACUGAUCUAUAACUCUAUAUUUCACCUUGUUUUUCUAAGACCAAAUGCAUUGAUGCUGUGUGCACAUUACCCCUGUUCAUCAUGGUAAAUAAAUACAUUCAUGUUGA